UCAGCGUGAAGAGGGAGCCGAGCACGGAAGAACCAAGCAGCCCUCUCGAGGCCACGAGUCCUGGUUCCAUCCUGCGCAACAACAACGCGAGAAUGGAUCGCACGCAAUGGCGGCACCGGCAGUCGACAGAUGAAACUCGGCGAAAAAGGCCGCAAUUCUUGCGUUACAAGAAAAGAGUUCUCUCGGAAGAGAGGAAAGAAGAGUGAAGGGUGGGAGAGAAGUGUGUGUGUGUGAGAGAGAGAGAGAGAGAGAGAAAGAGAGAGAAUAAGAGAGUAUAAGAGAGAAAGAUAGGUGGUUUUUAAGAAGUGGAAGAAGAAGAAACGGAAGGAGAAGGAAACUAAACGCGAACGGGCUAUUACACACAGAAGCGAUCGUUUCCGAUCUCGAAAAUAAUGGGUUGAACCCUCGCGUCGUUAAAUUCGCAAGAGAAAAAAAAAAGAAUAAGGAAAGAUAGAGAGAGAGAGAGAGAGAGAGUGAGAGAAAACUAGAGGCUCGUUUAUCGACCAAGAGGAUGAUGAUCGCGACAAAAUGGUCCCGAGCGAAGACGAUCCCGAACGUCGUAAAAAACGUCCCUAGCAACCUCGUUUUAUGGAUCUAUGCGAUAUAAAACAAAAAGCAGACAAAAAUAACAAACAAACAUAUCUAUAAUACAUAUAUAAUAUAUAUAUAUAUAUAUGUAUAUAUAUAUGUGCAUUUAUAUACCCAUAAAUCUAUACUUUGUUAAUAAUUGCAUAUAGAAGCGUGCAAUUUGCAUACACAUUUUUUUAUGGACAUAUUGAGGAGAGAAAGGAAUUUUGUUUCCCCCUCUCCGACCACUCCACCCCCUUACCCGCGAUAGUUUUUUCGUAUUUUUAAUGUGAUGUGUUGGUGUCAAAGUGUGGAUUUUUUUACGUUCGUUUUGUUUUUGAUUUUCCAUUUAAAAGAAAAACGAUAAAAAGAAAACAACAACAACAACAACAACGAGAACCUCGCUGCUGCUGCUGCUACUGUUGCUGCUGCGAUCUUAGAGAUCAUUGAUAAGAGUAAAAUAAAAUGAGGAAAUGAACAAAAAAUAUUGAACAGAAGGAUUAUUACAGGAAAUAUGAUGGAGUCAGUCGGUAAAAUAUUUUUUAUUGAGAAAUUCGCUCUCGUGUGAUUCCUCGAACGGUGAAAGCGAUUUAUUAUUUUCUUUCAUUAUUUUCAUUCAUUUCGAAGAAACGUGCACGGUCGACUUCCUCGUUCGUAAAAUUCGUGAGACUCAAACAACUUUGAUAUAUAAUAUAUAUAUAUAUAUAUAACAUAUAUAUGUAUAUAUGUUCGUCGAUUAAUCGAAAAUGUUCAUAGAAUUUUGUCGAGGAUUUCGAUUUUGAUACGAUUUUCCGUUGGGUAUAGUUAUUUUCGUACACUUCGCGCGUAUCCAAGGUGGGCGCGGGAGGGAGGGAGGGGGGACGGGGAGGAAACAUUUACGAGGACAACGAGACGAGACGACUAUCAUCUACGAUUCAAUGACCGGAGGGGUCUUAAAUUUCCAUCUCGGCGAUAUGAAGAGGAGUAUUGAACGAAGAAGAGAAGAAGUGGAUUGUUCGAUGUUAACAGAAGUAGCAUCAUCGAUAUCGUCGUUUUUGUUUUUUUUCGAAGAGAAUUACGAAGAAGAAAUCGUCUUUUUUAGUAAGGUGUUAUCCUUCUGACUAUAAAAAUAAAAUAACAAUAAAAAAGGAAAGAAAGAGAAAGCAAAAACAAAAGCGAAAACGUAAACGAAAACGAAAACGGAAUAAGUUAAUAAGAAAUACAGGUAACCAUUACUGGAAGAACGUGUGUUAACUUUGAUUGUUGGAUUAAAAAAAGAAAAAAGAUAAGAAAAAAAAAGAAAAGAACAACAGGUAAAUAGCAUUUGAGGAACAUAGUGCCGCGAGAACGCGAAUGGUGAACGACGUGCCCGUAAGCGAGGUGCACCAUCGCCGGGCAGAAUCAUCAUCAUCAUCAGUUUCUUUCGUACAAUGGACGUUUUCAAAAUCGACCAGUCCCUGAGCGCGGGUCUGGGUAGCGCCCCGGCACCGGACACGCUCACUCCGGAAGUGUCCUUUGACGCCGGUAGCGAAUUCAAUUUAAGCUUCUUCGACGGUCCGGAGGAAAACAGCACUCAAGGAUUCAGCGAUCCUGGAUCGGUUGGGAGUGCGAGUGCUUCCCCACCACCUGGUACACCAGGAACCAUUGCCGCUAAUCCGCCGAACGCCGCGCUACCGAUAGUCCAGGUGCCUUCAGGCAUCGUCAUUAAGCAAGAGCAACAUUACGCGGCAGCCGAUUCUAACAGUUCGACGCCAGCUAAAAGUUUUGUACCUUGUAAAGUUUGCGGUGACAAGGCAAGUGGCUAUCAUUACGGUGUUACUAGCUGCGAGGGGUGCAAGGGAUUCUUCAGAAGAAGCAUACAAAAGCAGAUAGAAUACAGGUGCCUGAGGGACGGCAAGUGUCUGGUAAUCAGAUUAAAUCGGAAUCGUUGCCAGUACUGCAGAUUCAAGAAGUGCCUAGCUGUCGGCAUGUCCAGGGAUUCUGUCAGAUACGGCAGAGUGCCGAAACGUUCGCGAGAACGAGGUCCUGAAGAUUCCGUACCGACGACCACGACGACGACCACAUCGACGACUACAACCGGCGUGCAACAGCUCACGUCUUCCGCUGGAACUGGCAAUAACAAUAAUAACAAUAAUAAUAAUAAUAAUAAUAACAACAACAACAACAAUAACAACAACAACAACAACAGCAGCAGCAACAACAACAAUAACAACAACACCAGCAGUCAAAAUAAUAACAAUAAUAAUAAUAAUAAUAACAAUAAUGGACAAGGUGGCAAUGCAAUGCCAAGAAUACCCCCAUCAGCGGUAGCCGAAGCUGAUCAAUCCGACACGGAUGUUAAACAGUUGGCAGUUUACGAUGUUAUCCUUCAAGUGUCGCAAGCACAUCACGCGCAUUGUGGUUUUACCGAGGAGUCCACGAGGGGUCUUAUACGAAAGCCAAUGAUAAUACCGGCGAGUGAUUCUUCGCAGCCGGCCAGCCCGGAAGACCCAGAGGCAGCCUCCUCAACAGCAGAAACCGUUGAAUCACAGAGAAUCUGGUUGUGGCAACAGUUUGCGACUAGGGUUACACCGUCGGUACAGAGGGUGGUAGAAUUUGCCAAGAGAGUUCCAGGAUUCUGUGAACUCUCGCAGGACGAUCAACUCAUUCUUAUCAAGGUUGGCUUCUUCGAGGUCUGGCUCAGUCACAUUUCUAAAAUGACUACAGAUAGUUCAAUGACUUUCGAGGAUGGUACAUACAUCACCAGGCAACAAAUGGAACUCAUGUACGAGCCCGACUUCGUGGCAGCCUUGAUGCAAUUCACGUCAUCUUUAAACGCUUAUCAACUGGCAGACGCCGAGUUAGGUUUGUUCUCGGGUGCAGUGCUACUCGGUGAAAGGGCUGGUCUUAACGACGUUAAAGCGGUCCAGAGGCUUCAGGAUCGUCUUUUAGAAGCCCUCAGAGUUCAAACUUCAAGAAAUCACAAUGGCACCGGUGCCGAAGCAACCUCAGCAUCUGGCUGUGCCAGCAUAUCUGGAGUUUCUCAGAGGAUACCGGAACUCAGGGCGCUUGGUGCUAGGCACGCUAAUCUUUUAGAUUGGUUUAGGAGAAACUGGACUAAACUGAAGCUGCCACCUCUUUUCGCCGAGAUCUUCGACAUUCCUAAAUGCGAGGAAGACCUGCAAUGAAGAGGACUCGUAUCGAAACGGCACAGGCAUUAUAUGAUGGGUUCCUGCCGGGAUAAAUCUAAGCUUUCCAGAGCUGAUCGCACAAAUAAAGAAAUUCAGGAAACGUUCUCGAUUUCGCUGGUUGAGAAACGACAGUGACGUAUCAUCGUUGCUAAGAUGAGAUGCGAUAGAAGAAGAAGAAGAAGAAGAAAAAGAAGAAGAAGAAGAAGAAGAAGAAGAAGAAGAAGAAGAAGAAGAAGAGGAAAAAGGGCUCAUCGAUUUUACCCCGUCUCAAUGGAGAUGAUGAUGAUGGACCAGACAGACCAUCUUUGGAAAGAGGGGGAUUCCUUUCUGAUCUAUUCUUUGUUAUGGAGGGUACGGAUUAGCAAUAAAAGCAAAACCAUUCUCGGUCUGGACCAUAUAUGAGAAUGAAAAAUAUUAACCUCGCUUUAUCGCGAUGGGAUAUAAUAUAUCACAUAUAUAUAUAUAUAUAUAUGUAUAUCGUAACAAAAGAUGAUGUGUAUAUAUAUAUAAAAAUCGCAUUUUAUUCGUGAUUUUACGAGUCGUUUCGAUGGUGAGAAAAGAUGUUUUUCUAAGUGGAAGUACAAGCAAUACAUAUACUAAAGUUAUAUGCUCAAAAUCCGCGUAACUCCUGCUGAAGAUAUGAACGAACGAACAUAUGAUCUAGGAUGAAGAAAAACAAGAUGAAAUCGUUCGAAUUUAAAGUAUAAAGCAAGCCAAAAAAAAAGAAAAGAAAAGAAAAACAGAAGAAAGGCAAAGAAAAAGCAGAGAGAGAGAAAGAGAAGUUGUACCUUUGACGAUACAUAUUGUAAUGAUGACUCGAUAUUUCGCACCCUUUUAAGGGAUGGGCAAUUAAAUACUCAAUAAUGUCGGUAUGAUAUUUCGCGUUAAAAGUUAUUAUCUCGUGUAUAUGCCACAUUGCGUCGAAAUAAGCGAUUUUCGAAAAUUUGUACGUUACUUGUGUUUUAUUUUUUCUUUUUUUUGGCAUUCGACAUGCGCAAAAGAAGAAAAGAGGAAAAGAAAAAAGUAACGAGAAUGAGAAGAAAAGAGGAAAAGAAAAAAAAAAAAAUAAAAAAGGGGAUUAAAAGAAGAUAAUGCGAUCAAGUUCGCGAGGUUUAUUGAGAUAACUUUCGGAGUCCGAUUGGUGUUCUUCUCGAAGUUUUAAGAAUUUUAACGUAUUAUUAUAAUAAGAGGACUUUGAAAGUUUUGGAAUUAAUUUUUAAUUAAUUAAGGGCGGAGGAGGAGGAGGAUAGGAGAAAAGAAUUAUCGCGAUAUUAUAUAAAUAUUUAGAAAAUUAUUCAACACUAAUAACAAGACCGGCGAACGUGAAAACACCAAAUUCCUUAGACAUAUCGGAAAAGAUCUAAUCGUAUAAAAAAAAAAAGAGUGGACAGGAAAAAAAAGAAAAAAGAAAAAGAAAUAUAAAAAAAAAAGAAAAAAAAAGAAACUCGUCUAAAAUGAAAUCUCUUCUUUCUAGGUUUUCUUGAUUGAACCCUUCUUCUUUUGUCUUUAAAGAUUUUCAAAGUGACGCGCGUAAGACUAAAUUGACGGCAAUAUAAACGGUUUGCACUUAUAUGGAAGUAAGAAGAUAAAAGAAGUUACGUAAUACUCCAGUUAAUGAAAAGUAAAGUAAAAGAAAAGAAAAGAAAAGAAAAGAAAAAAAAGAAGGCAAAAAAACCGCGUUAUCUAUCGCGAAGUUAUGAAUUAUCCUAAAAUAAUAAUGUAAUUCAUAUAUAAAACGCAAAUAAUAAAUAAAUCUCAUGUUAUAAGACUCGAAAGGAUAUUCUAUUUAGAACGUAACAUUCGAGGUAAUCUGCUACGAAUCUCAAUCUAUGCAAUCUCUAUUUUUAUUACUUGACAAGUAGAAUAGUAACAAUAUAUAUAUAUAUGCUAACUUACUUCAGGGUGAUUCCGUCAGACUAUUGAUCGCUUAGAAUCAUUCAUUCUAAUUAUCCUCUUUCCAUGAAAUAUUAUUAUAAUUGUUCGUUUCUCUGGUAAAAAGUCAUUUAAAAAAAAAAAAAAAAAAAAAAAAAA